UGCUUUGAGGAAGUCAUGGAAUGGAACACGAGCGAUAUGUGCCGGCCACAAGCUGGACAGAGUGACAGCCUGACAGGAAGCAACGUUGCACUCACAAAGCAGCCGUUUGCCCUUCUCUCGCUCAGUAUGCGCUUUGCACGCACAAAAAGCAGCUUGAGAGCCACUACAGUACUAGGGACUUAAUAGCAGGAACCAACCCCAGCUUCUGUCGUUCCUUGUGCCAAUAUACGCGUGCUGGUGCGUGUGGUAACUCCUUAGGUCUUCACAAGCAUCGCUCCGGUAUUCCUGUAUCCCGUACAAUCCAUAUCUUUGGUAGACAUGGCUGCUUUCAGGUGGAUCGUUUCGACAUUAGCGGCUGUGCUGCCGCUGCUACUGGCGCAUAUCGCCGUGCCGUCAGCUGCGCAAGACACGAGCCUGCAGCAGUGCUACUGGCCGCUGAACUCUACGCAAUCGGAGACCCUGGCGAGCAUAGCAGCAGCGCUGGACUACUUCCCGUACGACAUGUCGUUCAUCACUACCUGCGUCAAUGUCGGCCUCACAUGCAGCGACAACGGCUACGUCACUCAAAUCAAUUGGCAGUACAAGGCAAUUCAAGGGGAGCUUCCGUCAGAGAUAUUCCAGCUUAUGCACCUUGAAUACCUGUCUCUGCGAGACAACUAUCUGCGCGGCUCCAUCCCCUCUGAGAUCGGCAGCCUCGUCAACCUCACAUUCCUAGAUUUGUCCAACAACUCCUUCUCAGGCCCCUUCCCGACCUUCUUCAGCAAACUCACCAAGCUUUCCUACCUGUACAUGCGGCAGAACAACUUCUCUGGCAGUAUUCCCGACGCCAUCGGCAACAUGGUGUCUCUUAACGACAUCGACCUGACCGACAACUCUUUCUCAGGCUCCCUGCCCGCCUCCAUGGGCCAACUCACUAACCUCAAUAACAUAGUGAUGUCACGCAACCAGAUUUCAGGGUCCCUCCCCCCCUCCUUCUCCAAAAUGGCCAGCCUCAGCAACGUCUAUUUGGACGACAACCUGCUCUCGGGGUCGCUGGAGGCCCUCGCUGCUCUCUCCAGCCUCAGUGACAUCUCCCUGCGCGGCAAUCGCUUCAGGGGAUCCAUACCUGCUGCAUUCGCCGCCAACGUCUUCACCUCCUUCGACGUGUCAGUGAACGACCUCUCAGGCCCCUUGCCCUCGGGCCUGCGAUUCAGUGAACCUCCUGGCGGCCCUCAAUUCAACGCGUCCUUCAACCGCCUCUCUGGUGUCAUCCCGCCUGACUUCCCCGUGAACUCAUUCUUCGUCCUGGACCUCUCCCACAACGAGCUCUCGGGCAGAGCGUUCUUUUCCGGGCAGAAUGAGUAUCCUCGGCCCUACACCAUCAAUUUCUCUCACAACAAUUUCUCCGGAGCACUCGACCCCUCCGUCUCCACCCUAACCUACCUGCACGACCUUGACCUAUCCGCCAAUCAUCUCACCGGGUCCAUUCCAGCCUUCAUUUCAAGCCUUACCGCCCUCACUCUACUCGACCUCUCUUCCAAUGAGUUCACGGGCGCAGUGCCGCCAGCUGUCAGCAGCCCCACUGGCCUCCUCAGCAUGAAUCUGGCGCACAACCUUCUUCAGGGCUCCCUUCCCCGUGCUCUCUCGCGCCUCGCCUCCCUCACUCUCCUCAAUGUGUCGUCCAACCAGCUGUCAGGAGACCUCACACCAGCACUCUCGGCUCUGCAGUCCCUCGAGCUUGUUGACAUGUCAGCCAACGCCUUGAACAGCUCCAUUCCGCCCUUCUUCGGUCGCAUGCCCAACAUGACACACCUGGACAUGUCUAUCAACCUGCUCACUGGUUCUGUGCCCCCUUCCAUCCUCACUCUGCGCCGACUCUCCCACCUGAACGCAUCUCACAACCGCCUCUCAGGCCCGCUUCCCUACGCUGCUGCCAGCCCUGCUCUAAUUAUCGACCUCUCCUUCAACAUGUUCUCGGGGUCGUUGGAUAAGCAUCUCUUCAACCUCAAUCGUCUUGCUCUACUCGCCCUGCACCACAACCAGCUCUCUGGCCGCAUCCCCGAGUACUUGUGCCAAUCCGUGCUGCAGAUCAUACUGCUGAGCAACAACGCCUUGUCGGCUGCUCUGCCUCAGUGCCUGCCGUUCCUCUCCUCCCUCCAGCUCAUUGACGUCAGCAACAAUCUCCUCUACAUGGACGCCACAACCUUCCAAAACAUGCCGCCCAUCCGCCUGGACAUUCGCAGCAACUACCUCUACGGCUCCAUCUCGCCCUCCCCCAACAUCACCCUCUCCUCCUCCUCCUCCUCCUCCUCCUCCUCCGCCUCGCCCCCCCUCCCCUCUCUCCUCCUCCCAGCAGCCCCCCAAGCCCAGUCCUUCCCCCCAUGGGUGGUCCUGCCUGCAGCUAUCAUUCAGGAGCAGGGGGCCCUUCCCCAGGGCCAGGGGGGGAGUGGAACAGCUGGGGGGGGCGGGGGGGCGGGCAUCACAGUGGCAUGGUUGGCAGUGGAGGGGAACUGCGUGGGGAGUGAGGGGGCGGGGCAGCAGCGGGGGGCAGCAGAGUGUGCUGCGGUUUGUGGGAUAGAGGCAGGACAGGGCCCGUGUGGGGGUGCUGGUGCUGGGGAAUGUGUGUUGUCACGGACAUGGCCUCCCUCCCUCUCCUGCUCCUGCUCCAGCGGCUAUGUUGCUGUUACUGCUAAUGGCACUGCCAAUACCACCACUUGCCAACUCCCGCCCCCUUCCCCUGCUCCCCCCUCGUCGGGUCUGUCAGCAGGGGUAGUGGCGGGCAUAGUGGUGGGCGCAGUGCUGCUCGUGGCAGCCGUCGCUGCGCUGCUCUUCCUCCUCCUCCGCCCCGUACAGAGAAGAUUGUUGGAUCUGGACCAGUGUGUGGCGUACCGCAUCGACGACAUCCGGCGUGCCACCAACAACUUCUCUGAGGACUGCUUGCUGGGCGAGGGUGGCUUCGGCAGCGUGUACAAGGGCACCUCACCUGAUGGCACGCUGUGGGCUAUCAAGCGCGCCAAGUUCAUGACUAAUGACUUCGAGAAGGAGGUCAGGGCAGUGGCAACGCUGCGCCAUCAACACCUGGUGCGGCUGCUGGGGUACUGCAUGGACUACAACGCGGCCACGGGCCACCAGGAGCAGAUCCUCGUGUAUGAGUUCGUGCCGCAUGGGGACCUCUCGCACUACCUCGACAACAGCUCUUACGUUGACAAGCAUGCCCUGGCUGACAGCGACGCCAACAGCGACGCCUACACCACCAACAAACCCCGCGAGCCGCUCUCCUUUGCGGACCUGGUGCGCAUCGCCCAGGGCGCAGCAGAGGGCCUGGCGUACCUGCACCACUCGCUCACACCACCCAUCGUGCACCGUGACGUGAAGCCCGCGAAUAUCCUCAUUGACAAGGGCAGGACGGCCAAGCUUGGGGACUUUGGGCUGCUGAAGACAGACAACCUGGAGAAUGCAACGAUGCUGGCGGGCACGCCGGGGUACAUGGACCCGGACUAUGGCGACAGCUCCAUCGUGACCACCAAGAGCGACGUGUUCAGCUUUGGCGUGGUGCUGCUGGAGAUGAUGUCGGGGAAAAAGGUCGUGCUGGAAGAGAGUGGCGUUGCCUUCAGCUACCGGCACAUCUCCAUCUGGGCAAAUGAGCUCGUGAUGGCUGGAAAGAUUGCCCAGGUGGUGAGGGAGGACCUCAAUGCGCCACCCGAUGCCAUCAUCAUGUUUGUUGACCUCGCCAUGGAUUGCUUGAAGCGGCCUGGAGCCCUGCGACCGGAGAUAAGAGACGUGGCACGCCGUCUCGCCGCCAUACUAGCCAUUGCCGAAGGGAAUGCUCCUGCAGGAGAUGCUAACGGUGUGAAGCAAAAGCCAUGGACGGGCACUGAUGGAAGCGAUGAGGUCAAAGCCGCAGACGAAGCAGCAGAGCCCUUCAAAGAGGAGAAGGUUUAGAUGCCAGUGUUCUUAUUGGUACCAUGUUUCCCCUGUGACAGACGAGUCCCUGUAAAUGGGAUGAGAUGAGAACUCCAAAUAUGGAAGACAAUUUUACGGCUGUUGUUUUGCAUAAUAUUCAUGUGAAAGUUUGGAAUUGGACGCUUUGU